UUCGAUUUUAUUUGAACGACAGUCUGACGAACAGCAGACGAGAGGGGUGUCGCGCUGCGCUAGAAACAUCUCUCUCUACCUGCCAAUUUAUUAAGGCAGCUUUUACAACAACGAAAAUUCGGGACCUUCCACCAACCAGAGUUUGAACGUCGUUGAGAAAAGGUUUUGCAGUCCAUCUCUGACCAGUGGGACUCCAGUCAGGGGGGAUGGAAGCUGUGGCCAAGUACGAGUUCAACGGAGCUGGAGAGGAUGAGCUGAGCUUCAAGAAAGACGACAUCCUUAAGGUGCUGAGCACUGAGGAUGACUGGUACAAAGCCGAACUACACGGGCAAGAGGGCUUUGUGCCAAAGAACUACAUUGACAUCAACUUACCCAGCUGGUUCCAUGGUGGGAUUGCUCGCAGUGAAGCAGAGUCCAUUCUGUUGGGCCAGGAGGUGGGAUUCUUCCUCAUUAGGGCCAGCCAGAGCUCCAAGAAUGAAUUCUCCAUCUCUGUCAGGCAUGAGGAGGACGUUCAGCAUUUUAAGGUGCUGCGCGAUGGUAAAGGACACUAUUUCUUGUGGUCAGAGAAAUUCGACUCCCUGAACAAAUUGGUGGAAUAUUACAAAGUCAGCUCAAUCUCCAAAACAACACAGAUCUGCCUGCGGGAGGCCAAAAAAGAAACAAAGGGAGGUUUUAGUCAUCCUGACUCGCGCAUGGCAAAUCCACGAAUGAUGACCUCUCGAAUGUCUCAUCCCCAAUUGCCAGAUCCCCGAAUGUCUAGUCCCCGAUUCCCAGAUCCCCGAAUGUCUAAUCCCCGAUUCCCAGAUUUCCGACCGCCUAAUCCCCGAUUGCCAGAUCCCCGAAUGUCAGAUUUCCGAAUGUCUAAUCCCCGAAUGCAGGAUUCCAGAAUGCCAGAUUCCCGCAUUCCAGAUUUCCGGAUGCCAGAAUCCCGAGUACCGGAACCACGGCCGGCUAUUCCGCCAGUGCCCAACGCACAUUUCUCUGACCCCUCGUCAAUGUUCCGAAAAGGUCUCAACUCUCAGCCAUCAUUCAAUGACGUGUCCCCAAGGUUCAGGCAGUCUUCCAGUCCACAGCCCUCUAUCCAGGAACCACUUGUGGCCAGGAAAGUCAACGAGAGCCCGCCAGCGCCGAAACCUCGGAGGGUUCAGGCAUUGUUCGAUUUCACAGCAGAGGCAGACGACGAGCUGGAGUUUAAGAGUGGAGACAUUAUCGAGGUCUUGGACAGCGCAGACCCCUCAUGGUGGAAGGGCUGUUUAUGGGGAAGGGUUGGUUUAUUCCCAAGUAACUAUGUGGCACCAAUUAACCGGUGACAACCCCCACUUGGCCUGUGGAAAGUUGUUGUUUUCUUUCUCAC